AUGGCUUCUGCAGAAAGAAGCGUUAUGAGAAUGGAUGGUGCAGCGUUUAAUGUUACCGAAGACCCUGCACGGAAUUUUCUCACGAGAGCAGUUAACUUUUUGUGGCAAUCUGAAGAGUCAGGGUAUCAACACGUGUGGCCGGAUAUGGAAUUUGGAUGGCAAAUUGUUUUGGGUACUUUUGUUGGGUUUUGUGGUGCAGCGUUCGGAAGUGUAGGAGGUGUUGGUGGAGGUGGCAUAUUCGUCCCCAUGCUCAGUCUUAUAGUUGGAUUUGAUCCUAAAUCAGCCACAGCAAUCUCUAAAUGUAUGAUCAUGGGCGCAGCUGUGUCAACUGUUUACUACAACCUUAAGCUGAGGCAUCCUACGUUGAAUAUGUCAAUCAUUGAUUAUGAUUUGGCACUUCUCAUUCAACCAAUGCUCAUGCUAGGCAUCAGCAUUGGAGUGGCAUUCAAUGUUAUAUUUCCUGAUUGGAUAGUGACUAUAUUGCUUAUUAUUCUCUUCUUGGGCACCUCAACAAAAGCAUUUUUUAAGGGGGUUGAAACAUGGAAAAAGGAAACCAUAAUGAAAAAGGAGGCUGCUAGGCGACAAGAAUCAAACGGUUCUGGGGCUGAAGUGGAAUACAAGCCUCUUCCCAGUGGACCAAAUGAUGUCACUGUAAAGGACACAAAGGAGUAUGAGGUCACUAUUCUCUGCUCUAGUGGUUCUUAUAUACAGCGUUAUUUUCAUUUCAAAUCUAAUAAUGUGGAUUUUGCAGAUUGUCAAGGAAACCUAUACGAGUACUUGUUCAACAUUGUAUUGGGUACUGAACUUGUUACAGGUAAUUCUGUUCAGGAGUUGCCUCCAGAGCAUUACUCUGAUACAAGUUUUUUUGCUUUCGCUAAAGUUCCUGUCUCGGUUGGGGUAACUGCAUAUGAGGCAGCUGCCUUGUUCAGUGGACGCAGAGCGAUAUCUUCCACUGGACAAGAUGGGAAAGAUUUCACUGUUCUCCAGCUAAUUAUCUAUUGUGUCUUUGGCAUACUCGCUGGUUUAGUUGGUGGCAUGUUGGGACUAGGAGGAGGAUUUGUUAUGGGUCCACUUUUUCUGGAGCUGGGAGUCCCACCUCAGGUGUCAAGCGCCACAGCCACCUUUGCCAUGACCUUUUCCUCAUCUAUGUCUGUUAUAGAAUACUACCUGUUGAAACGUUUUCCAGUUCCUUAUGCUGGGUACUUCACCCUUGUGGCAGUUAUUGCUGCCUUCGUUGGACAGCACAUUGUGAGAAAACUGAUCCUCUUAUGUGGGAGAGCAUCUCUUAUCAUCUUUAUUCUAGCCUCUACAAUAUUUAUCAGUGCAGUAUCAUUAGGUGGAGUUGGCAUUAUAAAUAUGAUACACAAGAUCGAAAAUCAUGACUACAUGGGAUUUGAGAAUCUCUGCAAGUAUUGA